AUGAGCAGCUGCGGCGCCUUCUAUGACAAGCUCAACACUUGUGGCGACGCAAGCAACACGCUCGCAGGUAUUAGCUGCUAUUGUCCACAAACUGUACUGGACAUUCUAGCCGGGUGCCGACAAGAGUGGUGGAACUGCUGGCGUACAACAGCCGUCGACCAGCUCUUCCUUGGUAGCGAGGGCUUGUUCGCCGCGUGGUCGACGGCAUGUGGGGACGCCGACGCAUGGGACGUGCUCAACUACUCGCCGACCACCAUGUCCAUCACGACGCCACUCCUGGUGGAGCAGACCUUCUGCGACGACAUCGCAAGAGACUGCAACCGGCUGACCGUGUCGACCUCCUCGUGCGAGAGCGACUUCAGCGUGACGACAGGCGCCGGCUUCCAGAGCUGUAUGUGUAACGCCGACAUGCUCUACCUGGCGUCUCGGUGUGACAUUGAUGGAAGCAUCAGCUGUUUGCUGCAGACGCCAGUCUCUACCAUGCUCUACUCAUACAUGACGUGUCGUAAUGUUCAGGCCGUCACGACAGGCGUGCGGACGUCAUCGCCGACAUCCUCAACCGCGACGGUGACCAGCACGUAUAGCCCUGCCGCGCCAUCCCCAACGUCAACUGGUGCAACGGCGGUCCCAUCGGCGUCUAGCGAAGGAGGAGGUGUGUCACUUGCAGAGGGCAAUCCCGCGGAAUUGGCCCUCAUGGUUGCAAUCGCCGUGCUGGCAAUUUAA